AGAGAGAGAGAUCUUGUCAAAACGCCGAGAAAAAAGUAGCCGUCGAGAAGAGAGAGUCUGAGGCUUUCAUUGCAGAACCAGACUAGAACGAACCGGCUUGUGGAAUAGCAAAAAGCAGGCUGGCAUCGGCACUGGCACUGGUACCGGUACCGGGUUGGUCUGAUUAGUAAUUGUGUUCUUGUGUUAUUUUGCAUGGCAGAGACGGACAGUAUGAAAAAAUUAAGGGGGGGCGAGAAAGAACCAACUUUAAUAGAAAUGUCCCCGAAGACGGACGAAUCAAGUGGAGAUGGGGUAGCAGUGCUGACCGGGUACAGGAUGAAAUGGCUGGCAGGGGAAGACAAUAAUGGACACGGCUGUCUACCAAGCUCCGCCACAGCCUCCCACCUUCCCGGCAUUCCCGAGACCCUUAGCACCAGAGAGUCCUCCUGCCUCAUCUCCAGUAUGCAAGGGAUCUGGAGGAAGAGGGUGCUGUUCCUGAAAUGCCGCUGCAGGAUAGAGAAAAGGCCUCAGAGCAAAGACUCAAUUUUCUUCAGGGAUGGCAUCCGGAGGAUCGACUUUGUCCUCUCGUACGUCGACGACCCCACGAAGGACGGAGAGAAGAAAGCGGAAAGGAGAAAGGAAUUUGAAAUUAAUUUGCAGAAGGCCGGUCUGGAACUGGAGACAGAGGGUAAAAAUGAGUCGGACGACGGGAAGACGUACUUCCUGAAGAUCCACUCUCCAUGGGAUGUGCUGGCCACGUACGCGGAGGUCCUGAAGAUCAAAGUGCCCUUCAAGGAGAGCGACAUCCCCAGCGACAGCGAGACGCCCCUGAGCUGGCUGUUCAAGCCCUUCAAACUCCCGCCCGAGGUGAUGUACCCCGAGCCCGACUACUUCACCUCGCCAUUCGAGAAGAACAAGCCGGGCUUCUUCCUCAUCGAGGACAAGGACACCGUCUUCCCCCCCUCCACCCGCAACAGGAUCGUGUACUACAUUCUCUCACGGUGCCCUUACGCGACAGAGGAGGGAAAGAAAAAACUGGGAAUCAAGCGGCUUCUGAACAACGGCUCCUACACGACAGCCUUCCCGCUUCACGACUGCCGGUACUGGAAGAAAGCAAGGGAUCAGAACUGUGAGAAUGAAAGGUUCACCCUGUACAGAUCAUGGGCCAGGUUCAUGUGCUUCUACAAGGAGCAGCCCCUGAAUCUCAUCAGGAAGUACUACGGAGAGAAGAUUGGCAUCUACUUUGCCUGGCUGGGUUUCUACACAGAAAUGCUUUUCUAUGCGGCGCUCGUUGGUUUAAUCUGUUUCUGUUACGGCGCUUCCACCUACAGUGAUAAUGUGUGGAGCCAGGAAAUCUGCAGUGUGGAUAUCGGAGGCGAGAUUGUCAUGUGUCCUCUGUGUGACCGGAAGUGUGGUUAUUGGAAACUGAACACAACCUGCGAAUCCUCCUUUCAAUCCCAUCUGUUUGACAAUGUGGGCACAUUAUUCUUUGCCAUGUUCAUGGGCAUAUGGGUGACCAUGUUCCUGGAGUUCUGGAAGCGCCGACAGGCCCGGCUGGAGUACGAGUGGGACCUGGUGGACUUCGAGGAGGAGCAGCAGCAGCUCCAGCUCCGGCCCGAGUACGAGACCAAGUGCACCAGGCGCAGGAUGAACCCCGUCACCCAGGAAUUGGAGCCCUUCCUGCCCUUAACAAGCAAGUGUGCGCGUUUCUGUUUGUCUGGAGCCACCGUCGUGUUUUGGAUCGCCCUCAUCAUCGCCUGCAUCAUCGCCGUGAUUGCGUACCGCCUCGCUGUUUACGCCGCCUUCGCCAGCAUCAUGAAGGAGAACCAGACCCAGGACCUGCAGCUGGUGGGCUCCCUGAUCACCCCGCAGCUCGCCACCUCCGUCACAGCCUCCUGCCUCAACUUUGUGGUCAUCAUGAUCCUGAACAUCCUGUAUGAGCGAGUCGCUAUCUGGAUCACUGAUAUGGAAAUCCCCAAGACUCACCUGGAGUAUGAGAACCGGUUGACCAUGAAGAUGUUCCUCUUCCAGUUCGUCAACUACUACUCCUCCUGCUUCUAUGUGGCCUUCUUCAAGGGCAAGUUCGUGGGCUACCCCGGCAACUACACCUACAUGUUCGGAGUGCUGAGAAACGAGGAGUGUGACCCCGGCGGCUGUCUCAUUGAACUCACCACUCAGCUUCUCAUUGUCAUGGCUGGCAAGCAAAUCUGGGGUAACAUUCAGGAAGCCCUUGUGCCGUGGUUGAAGAACUGGUGGGGAAGCCGCAAGGCGCGCAAUCACCCUGAGGGCUUGUACACCCGCUGGGAGCAGGACCACGAUCUCCAGUGCCUCGGACAGCUGGGGCUGUUCUACGAGUACCUGGAGAUGGUGAUCCAGUUUGGGUUCAUCACCCUGUUCGUGGCCUCCUUCCCCCUGGCUCCUCUCCUCGCUCUCUGCAACAACAUCCUGGAAGUACGCGUGGAUGCCUGGAAGUUCACCACCCAGUUCCGCAGGCCUGUGGCGGCUAAGGCCCACAGCAUCGGAGCGUGGCAGGAGAUCCUCAACGGAGUGGCCAUCCUGUCUGUCGUCACCAACGCUUUCAUCGUGGCCUUCACCUCAGACAUGAUCCCACGGUUGGUGUAUUACUAUGCCUACCACCCUGGCACGGAGAACUCCAUGGAGGGGUACAUCAACAACAGCCUGUCCGUCUUCAACAUCCACCAGUUCAAGCCCCACAACAUGCCGGAGGAUGGAGAGAGCCCCAGCUGGUUCAACAGCUCCAUCAUCACCAGCUGCAGGUACAGAGAUUACCGUUAUCCUCCAGGGCAUGAUAAGGAGUACGAGCACACCAUGCAGUUCUGGCACGUCCUGGCGGCCAAAAUGGCCUUCAUUAUCAUCAUGGAGCACGUGGUGUUCAUGGUGAAGUUCUUCGUGGCCUGGAUGAUCCCGGACGUCCCAAAUGACGUGAAGGCGCGGGUGAAGAGGGAGAAGUACCUCACCCAGGAGUACCUGCACAACUACGAGAUCGAGAUGCUGAAGAAGCAGCUGGGAGAGAAUUCCUCCUCCUCCACGGACCGUCACGAGGUGCUGUCCGAGGUCAUAUAGCCCCCCCGAGCACCUCCAGGACAACCGGGGAGGGGGGAUGCUUUUACCAGCGCACAAGCAAACUCCUCUCCACCAUAGCAGUGUGACUACAUACUGAAGCCCCGCUCCACCUGUGCUGGGUGACUUUUUUUUUUUUUUUCUAAUGAACAGCAGUCCUCCUCGUAGUCCUGGCUGUCUCUCUGCAGCGACAGUGUUAACAGGAGCUAGAACAUUCAGUCUGCUUUGCGAAGAGAAAGACCAGGAGUGCUUCUGCUGGCAUUUCCACAAGGCUGCUUACCAGCCCUCAGCCCAGCCUAGGAAUCCUCUGCCAUGUGUUCUGCACAGUGACGCACACCACAGCCUGCCAGAGUUGUCUUAGAAGUCAUAUCUAAAGGUGGAACGUAGUCAGUGCUGUCCACAAAUGCAGGGAGUAUUGCAGUGUUGCUUUUGUAGCUGAAUGACCAAAAGAUCUGCAGCUAUUGAAACUCUAUAUACAAGAAUAUACGGAAUAUACAAUGUAUUCAGGUAUUUCAUUACAGCUUUAUGGUGUUUAUAUGUGUUUUUUAAUUUAUAUGCAGCUAUGGCCAAACGUUUUACGUCACCCUAUAGAAUUAACUAAUUUUGCUUAAAGUCGAGUGAAACCUGCUGAACAAUAUUACAUUAACAUAGUACUUAAUGAAAAAUGGUGACAUUUCAAAAUCUAACAUGAAAUACUGUACUACUAUUAUGACUUCCGGUAAACUUUUGCAAUUGUAGUUUCUUUGAUUACAUGAUGUUAAAUAAAAGAUCUAAAUUAUGUUCCUAUAGUUUAUUUUUAUUUUUUCAUUAUGUCUCAAUCCUAAAAUUCUAGGUGAGGCAAAACUUUUGGCCAGAGCUGUAAAUAAUAAAAAAAAAAAGAAAUCAUUGUAGUUGGACGUGCUUCUGGUUACACUCGUCUAAAAAAAAUCUGUGACAAUCAAUCUGAAUUCUGCGGGAGAGAUACUUUUUGAUCUGAUAAAGCUAUGUGAAAUUAGUUCAGGAAAUUAUGGUAUUUUGGGAAGUCAGAAUACAGAGUGGUAUGUAUACAGGUGUAAUUCUGCUAUAUAGAAUUCUGUUGGAUUGGGGAAUUCAAUCGCUCUGUCUUAUUCUCGUCACAUUAUGAGCAGCUUUUUGAGGUGUAAAAUACAGUACAACCCCCUCCCUUCUUUUGGAAGUAUAUUAAUAAUAUUUUGGGGUUCCUCUGCUUGCAGUAUUUGCUAUUCAGGAAUACCAAGGUAUACCAAGACAUUUUGUGAGCACGGGUGGUUGGAAACGUUUCUGAGUCACUUCACACAAUCUUUCUUCAUUUUGACAAAGCUCAGCAAGCAAGCGUCCAUCUCACACAAACCUGUUUAGAAGCCUCCAGGAUAUUCUCCCAUACUCUGCGGAAUGAGACUUUCCCUUUUAAGACCCCACAGAUCGACCCUUCAUUUCAUUAGGUAAUAAACAGCUGUGCAGGCCAUGUAUGAGUUUUCUAUUAUUGUAAUCUGGUCUGAAAGCAUGCCAUAGUUAAAAAUAACGCUGUAAAGGGCUGUUGGUGCUGAAGAUGUUGUUUUUGUUUAGUCGUUAGCGUGAAGUACGAAUAACUGAUUUGUAGACAUUGCAGCUCUGUUGUUUAAUUAGUAAUUCUGCUUUUGGGAACCCUGAAGCCUUUAAAAAAAUACAUUUGGACGAGGGGUGAUUGUGUGUAACGUGCAACAGCCAGCAGAGAGGAUAUUAAACAAGGUAUCAUGGUGUAUGAAACUACGUUUUAUUACCUGUAAAGCCUGAAAGUAUAGAUCUGCUCUUGUAGAGAUGCUGAAAGUUCGAUCCAUCCAGCCAUAGCAUAACCCGCACUUAUGCAGGCAGUGAUGCCACUUGGUCCUGAUGGGCUGCUCCUAUGAGCCAUAAUAAACUCAAAUGCUCAUUUCAUGGUGGACCAUUAAAUUAAGUGGAUGGUGGUAUUUCUGGAUAUUGAUGGUAUUAAUGAGAUGCUGUUCUUGGUUCGUCCAAUUAAAAAGCAGCCCCUCUCUCGCGCCUUCUUCAGUGCCUUGUCGAAAUGUAUUGCACAGUGAAGACCUCAAGCUGCUAUUGCAGAACCAUGAAAGAAGCUCCUUUUAAUGCUCAACGCUCCCGUAUGGUUAGUGUCACGUUGACCCUUUUGUGUGUCCGAUUAUUUUCAUUUAUUUUAUUUCGUUCAAAAUUGGUGCCAAGAUACAAGUUCAACGGCCAGGCCACUGUGGGUAGCAGUGAUGUACGUGUGUGAAAAAGCAAACAGAAACGUCAAUGGCAUUUAGAGCCCAGUGGCAGUGAGAUAAUGGGGUUGCAGGGAAGUCAGGAUUGAAUUGUGUCUGAUGUUUGCAGUUCAGUGUGUGUACAGCAUCUUUAUCAGCCUAUUGUGUGCCAAUUGUAAAGAUGCUACAUUAGUGUGCCUGUGCCUACAUUAGUGUUAAUUAAACUGCAAGAAGAAGAAACAAAAGUGAUUGUAGUGUUCAGGGAAUCUGUGUGCCUCGGAUGAAAGGGGACGUAGAAAUGGGUCUUGUUUGCUUUUAACCUAAGGGUAAAAAAAAAUGUUUUUACAGCUCUUUAAUGAACAGAGCACUUACUUACACUGAGUUAGAAGACAGCAAACAGACAUAAAAUCAGAAUAUCAUUAUUCAAAUAAUGGCACGUGCCUCAGUCUCUGGAGUUUUUUUUCUAUACAGGUAUAUAGACAAUGCCAGAAUUUUGUCUGCAAUGACUGUACACAUGAUCUAGCAAGGAUUCUAUCCAGAGACUCCGGGUAGCUGGUAAUAGCAGCCCAUGUUUUUAAAAAUACGACUCGCUGUUUGAUUUUUUUUUUUGCAUAGAUAUACAGUAUAUAUGUAGACAUUUUCUCUGUUGUGAUCCAUACCUUGCAGCUGAAAAGCCAUUUUCUCUCUUAUUUUUAUGUUUUGGUUUCAAGGUGAGAUGAAGGAUUUUACAGGUGAAAGCACCAGAACACUGACUAAAAAACUUAACAAAAUAAAGAAAAGGUCAUUUAAAUCUACUCUCAAUAGACAUUCUUGCUUUGAGAAAAGUGCCUGGAAAUAUCACAAGCAACUAAACAGAAAAUAGUUUCUAUGAUGUUUUCUCACCUUACUCACUGACACCUUAGUGCUAUCUACAGACUUUUAUAAUACACUACGCGUAUCCACGAGACGUUCACUUUUUAAAUGCCUUUCAUGUAUCUGUUUAGCAUUUACAAUGUGGGUGGCUUAAUGAAAGCUUUUUUCUUUCUUUGUUUUAUUUCUGUAUUGUUAUUUUAAUGGCUGGUAGUUUUAUACAUUAUUUAUACAUUGUAAUUUUUUUUUGAAUGAAAUAAAAAUUGAUUUUAGUUUUUAAAUGAUUUACACUAUAUAGAUUUGUAAAUAUGUUCAAUGCUGUUCUUUUUCAAGAUGUUGUCUUCACAGACAGCCACAUGUUUUGUUUUGAGAAAAAUGUAUGUAAAAACAUGUAUUCACAAUUCCAUCCUCUUUACUGUUAACUUGAAUGCACCAGAAUACUUUAUACAUAAUUAUUAUAAUAAAUAUAAUUUAAAAUCA